UUGUGGUUUCUUCAACGCACGACAUGAACAUCAUCUUCAUCCCUUUAAUUUUAGUAUUUUGCACGAUUUCGUCUGGUUUGGCGGCUGCAUUUUAUGGUUUCUAUGGAGAUUCCGCUCAUCCUGGUAAAUGUGUUAUAAAUGGCUUGAUCUUAUCACCAGGUGAAGUUUAUUACAAUCAAACAAAAUGUGAAAAAACUACAUGUGAUGAGAAAACUAUGGUAUAUUUUCUGAGUUGUGGCAUAUAUAAACCACCUAUUGAUUGUAAAUUAGGAGAUGCCAAAUAUCCAGAUGCACCAUAUCCUGACUGUUGUCCUCGUCAUGAAAUAUGUAAUGGCAUAGCAGUUGAUGAAUAACAAGAUAAUUAAAAUUUUAAUAACAAAUAUU